CUGCAAGCAAAUGUUAUGUUCCAUCAUGGAGCGGAGGGCCUUACCAGCCAGCCAGGGCAAAAAUUGAUAGAAAAGCAACCAACAACACUCCCAUUGUUCUAUUUAGCCCAGUGGUAUUUCUCGUGGGUUAUGCCGGGCAGCCUAAGCCAUCAUGUGUCCCGAGUAAGGACUUUAUACAGGAAGAUCCUGCAGUUGCAUCAAGCAAUGCCACUGGAGCUGAAGGCUCUGGGAGAUCAGUAUGUGAAAGAUGAAUUCAGGAGACACAGAUCUGUUGGCCCUGAAGAGGCCGAGCAAUUCCUGCAGGAAUGGGAGAAUUAUGCAGCGAUGUUGCAGCAGCAAGCUAGCCAAAAUGCCCAGAACUCAAGCCAUCAGCCUCACUUUGGAUCCCCCCUCUCAGAGGAGGAACUUAAUGCCCUGCGCGGUGAGCAAGUUGGGCAGCUGCAAGAACUCAUGCAAGAAGCUACCAAACCCAAGAGACAGUUUAAUGUUUUGAAUGACACAGAUUACAAAAACUAACAUGUUCACUGUGAAUGCAUUUUUAGUAGGGAUGUGUUUCUGGUGCUUCUUUUGCUAUACGUCUGAAGAGAGAUUCACUCUGAAGAAUAAAUUAAGCUUCACCCUUUCUGUUUUACUGUAACCUCCAGGGAUGUGCACGGUGAAUAUUUAGAAAUAGAUGUGGUCCCAUUUAUGUUAAUUAUGGCCUAACUAGCACUUAGAAUAGUGGGAAAGUUUGGUUGUGUUAAAUUAAUCAGAUGCAUUGGGGGUGGUAGUGUGGGGAUUGAAAUGGGAGUCUUUGUGCUACGAUUGGAUUCUCUGGGUAAAGUUCAGAUCCCGUUAGUGUAUAUUAUUAUUUUAUUUUAUUUAUUAUUUAUUUCCAUAUAUGAAUCACUUCCUGUAAAAUAUCUUGAAGUGGUUUAAUAAUGGAAACAACGAAAAAUAAUGAAGACAUUUCAUAUAUAAAACCAAGUUAGGAUUCCCUUGCCCCUCCUCCGCCUCUUUGUAACAGUUUGGAAAGAUUAUUUGGGGUCUCUUCAUAGUCUGCUUGAGUUUUCACCAUACUGAGCAACUGGAUGUCAACCGUAGGUGUGGCUAUCUUACAAAUCACAAGUUGUAGCCAAGGUUUUUCCUACGGUUUACAGCUUGUGGUUUGUCUGAAGAGACCUAAACCAGGAAUGUGGAUUUGGAUUACAUGUUAAACCAAACCAUGGGUUAUGGCUGUACAUCGCAGCAGCUAAAUGACUGGGAUGAACAAAGCAGCCACAGUCUCCUUUCUGGAAGCCUGUAUGCUUCCUUUUUUGCACUAAGCUAUAGUUUGUGCUUUGUGCAAAUGAAGGCAAUGUCAGUGUUCUUUUUUAUUUUUCUCAUUUGGUAAGGCUUCCACUUUUUCAAGAAAGGCUUUUUGCCUUUAAAGCUUCCUUGACUCUGCAUGUUAACCAUGCUGGUAUCCUCCUGGGCAUGUUUGUCCCUUUCUUAAUUUGUGGUAUACAUUUUACCUGAGCUUUCUAGUCUACAUGCCUCAAACUACAGUGCCUGUUGUGUUAAACGUGAUUGCAUUUAACGAGUCUGAUAAAAAAAUCAAAAUAAAACACAGUUGUAGGGGGUCCCAGUUGGGGUUGAGACUGCAGGGUGUGCAUGCGUUGUAAACCGCCCAGAGAGGUUCAGCUAUGGGGCGGUAUACAAAUGCAAUCAAUAAAUAAUUUUUUCCCAUGCCA